AUGUUUAGAACUUCAUUACCAACUAUCCUUAACCGUUCAGCGAUUGCAUCCACCAAAUCAUCAAUUCGAUUAUUAUCGAAUAAUAAACCCACGGCCUCAGCUACCAAUUUCUUCAUUCCUAGAUUGCAAACAACAACCACCAGAUCAAAUGCAAUUGUAGCUGCUGUAAAGCAGCAGCAGAAACAACGCAACAGCUACAGAUCCAAUUCAUCAAAUAUUUUCAAAUUAUUCUUUGCUAGUGCUGGUGCUUCAUUUUUGCUCACUGCGUCAUUUGCUAAAUCCAUCUAUAACGAUGUUGCCGCCGUUUCUACACCUAGACAACAAGUGGCGUCAAAUGUAACAAUUCACCCAGUUACCAAGCCUACAAAAUCUAGAUUUGGCAACAAUUUAAACUAUGAGGAGUUAACCAUUGGAUCAGUGACCGGUCUAUUUUUAGGAAUCAUAUUGGGUAAAUUGUCUCAAGUGUUUGUAUUUAUUUCAUUGAGCUCAUUUUUACUUGUUGAGUUUUUACAAAGUAGAAAUAUCAUCAAUAUUCCUUGGAAUUAUAUCUUCACUGUUGGUAAACAAAAGAUUGAUUUAAAACAAUUGGUAUUUGAGAAACCAAGUUUUAAAAUUUCUUUUAUAUUAUCAUUGAUUAUUGCUGCUUACAAUGUAUAA